AUGGCAGCGUAUCGACAACAAGUGGAGGAAAAUCAUCAUGACUUGGUUAAUUUAUUGACUCAGCAAAUGACUACAAUUCUGAAUCCUAUGAUGGCCGAUCAUGAAUUGAGAUUCGAGCGUCUUGCUAGACAAGUCGAGAGGAUCGCUCGAAUCGUCGAUUAUGAUGAAGGCGAAAGGCAUAAUGUUCGAGGAACUAAUGAGGGGAUGGAAAAUAUUUUUCAAAAUGAAAAUCAUGUUCCAAAUCGAGAAAAUCCUCGCAUAGUUCAUCGACAUGAGAAUGCUGAUAAUGUUUUACAUGGAUUGCGUGAUCGUUAUCAGGUCACCCGAAUUAUAGAAGAAGUGUUAAAUCGGGUUGGAUUGAAUGUUGGUUUUAUGAAUCAGCCACAUUUUGUCUCGGCUUUUCCCCAAGUAGUUAAAAUGGUUGAAGUGCUAAGAGAGGUAAAAAAUCCAAAAAUAAUUACAAAAUUUGCUGGAGAAGUCGGAGAAUCAACAACUGAAUAUGUUGCUUGUUAUUUGGUCGAAAUUGGAAACUUAGCAAAUGACGAAAAUUUGAAAAUGAAAUUUUUUCCGUCGUCAUUGACGAAGAAUGCAUUUACAUGGUUUUCGAAUCUUAGACCAAAUUCGAUCACAACAUGGAAUCAGUUAGAAACUGCUUUUCACGCUUAG